AUGUUCUGUGAUGAGUGGACCGGCGGCCAUAUUGAGUGUACCAAGGUGCUGUUGGACCCAUGCCGGACCUGGUGCCCGUCCUCGUCGUGCCAGGCAAUGGGCCAGCUGAAGGAGAUGGAGCUGCCACAGCUGGUCCAGUGCUCUGUGUGCAGGCUGGAGUUCUGCUCGGCCUGCCGGAACAGCUGGCAUAAAGAACAUGCCUGCCAGGACAACACCUUCCGACCCGGGGAGACCAGUUCCUUCUACAAGAGCAAUGGCGACACGCCCAUAUGUAAGGUGUACAUCGAGAGGGACAAGGGUUGUGCUCAGAUGAUGUGCAAGAGCUGUAAGCGUACCUUCUGUUGGUACUGCCCGGGGUCUCUUGAAGGCCGUGCAGAAACAAACUAGGCCUCUCCAGAGCUUCAGUUAUCUGGCACCGGACACAGGUGGUGGGGAUAUUCGCUGGCUUCGUGCUGCUCUUGCUGUUGGCGUCUCUCUUCCUCCUUCUAGCCUCAUCCUUCAUUCUGUGCUGCAAGUGUAAAUGCAGUAAAGGGGAUGACGACCCUCUGUCAACCUAACCAACCCCACCCUGGGCACAGUCAUGCCAGCUUACCUGACAGACAGGGGCACCAGGCCUGUUGGUGAACUUGGUGGUUGGUUAGUCAUCCACGCCGUAUGGGUUUUUGUCCCUCCCACCUGCCCAGAGGACUCUUAGGGAUCGGUGGAUUGGUCGCUGGGGCAGAGCAGUGCAGGUGGAUGAGGAAUACACCCAGCAUGUUUGGUUGAGAGGGCACUCACUCUGUGGUUCUGUUGUGAUGUUCCAUGUGUUACGAAGGGCUGGGUCUGCAGAGGAGAGCACCAAACAUAGCACCAGUCAAUGUUGGUUGUUACUUCAGAGGGCUUGGAAGAUAUUCUCAAUAUGGGAUCAUGUAUGUGUGUCGGGUUCAAGGUUACGUUUUUUUUUUUUUGUCUUGUAGCUAUCUUGGCUCUUGUUUUGGGGGCCUGCAAAUAGAAGUUUGGUAUAUUUGGAGGGUACAGCCUUGGCUAUCAGCCACAGUAUGUGGAAAUGUCUGGGGGUUAUUUAUUUACCAACCCCUUCUGCCUUCCCUCACUCUUCAGUUUUCUAUACAGACCUGGUUUUCAUAUACUUGAAAAAUCGAUACAAAAAUACUUUGAGCAUUUGCUUGAGUCUGCCUGGUUUUCAGUUUUGGGAAUUUUCAAUUGAUUUAUUAAGCCAGGUAAGCUCAAACAGGCACAGAUAAAGUAUUUUCAAUAGAUUUGAAUUACUUCUAUAAGAACAUAAACGAUGAUUGUAGAUGUUCAGUUUGUAUAAUUUAAGCUUAACCUCUGAGGAAUCACAUCAUCCAUAGACUAUAUUAUGAGCGUUUUGUUUUGUAUUAUAGACUCGCUGGGAAGUAAUUGUGCGCCCGAUGUCACAGGAAGACCAAAACGAUCAUCAAGUACAUUACCCACCUGAGCCACUGCCCGCUAUCGUCCAGAAGGCAAGGUCAAAGCUGGAACCGUGUGACUGAAAAACAGCUUCUAUCUCAAGGCCAUCAGAGUGUUAAACAGCCAUCACUAGCACAUUAGAGGCUGCUGUCUAUAGGCAUAGACUAGAAAUCACUGGCCACUUUAAGGAAUGGAACACUAGUCACUUUAAUAAGGUUUACAUAUCUGGCAUUACUCAUCUCAUAUGUAUAUGCUGUAUUAUAUACUAUUAUACAGUAUCUUAGUCACUUAAUAAUGUUUACAUAUCUUGCAUUACUCAUUCUCAUCUCAUAUGUAUAUACUGUAUUCUAUAAUAUUAUACGUUAUCUCAUUCACUUAAUAAUGUUUACAUAUAUUGAUUUGAUAAAUUCCUUACAUCUCAUAUGUAUAUACUGUAUUCUAUACUGGUCUACUGUAUCUUAGUCUGUUUCGCUCUUCAAUCGCUCGUCCAUAUGUAUAUAGUCUUAAUUCAUUCCUACUUAGAUUUGUGUGUAUUGGGUAUAUGUUGUGUAAUUUGCUAGCUAUUCCUUGUUAGAUAUUACUGCACUGUCGGAGCUAGAAGCACAAGCAUUUCGCUACACCCGCAUAACAUCUGCUAAUCACGUGUUUGUGACCAAUAAAAUUUGAUUUGAUAUUAAGAUGUGAAUGUUGUUCAGCAUAACCUACAGGUUGAACGUCUACAGUAUGGUUGAGGAUGUUGUAUAUUAUACUCUAAGUCAACCUUGCCAACACUUAGAAUUGACUCGUUCUCCAGAAGAAGACUAUUUGUAAACCUUUAGCAUUGAAUAAUUUGCUUAAAUCCAGGGGGGUGGGGCAACAUUGAUCUCUCAGUAUUUCUAUCAAACACAGUAGAAUAAACAGCGCAUACAGGCAGCCGAGAUGUAGCAAGCAGGGUUGGGGUCAAUUUCAUUUCAAUCAAUUUAGGAAGUUAACAUUCCCAAUUUCAACUUUGCUCAAUGCUUCUCUAUGGGAAACAUUUGAAAUUGGAAUUUCAAUUUACUUCCUGGAUUGACUGAAUUGAAAACGAAUUGACCCCAACCCUGGUAGCAAGCUUUAAUGUCCACCAAAUAACCCCUUCUGUAGCAGUUCAACCUCUGUCCAGAAUUCUAGCAGUGAAACCCUUUACCCCUUAAAUGAAUGAGUUCAACUUACCUUAUAUUAGACAAUGUACUUGUUGAUGUAGCCAAAGUCCCAUAAAAUUCCUUUACAGUCUACUUUGAUAUGAGUGUGAUUGAUUCACACUCCCUUUGUUUUGACCAAAAUGCUCUUAUUUAUUAUUGUACAUUACAAAUAUGUUCUGUUAUUUAACCUACAAUUUGUCACAUAUGUACUAGCAUGUACUUACCCCUUGACACCAAUUAUGUUUAGAAAGACUUAAUUGCUUAUCAGAACAGUAGCUUUACUUUAAAUUAUUCUGUGACAUGACAAUGUACAUUUUGGGUUUUAAAAGUUUAAAGGUAUUCUAUCACACUGUUUUGUGUAUACGGAGGUAACAAGAUUAAUAUGGAGGUAUUACCAUUGACAUGAUUUGUUUCAUUUUGAACUGCUCUUUUCAGGUCAUUUCAAUGUUAUUCCUACACAAAACCUGGUCAAUUACAUCAGACUCCAAAUAUGGGCCCAACAUAUCCUGGUCCAAAAUUAAAGCAGCAAUUGGGUCAAUGCAACUUAGCAGACUUAUCUGAGCAGUGAGGAGGUGUGUGUUGGGGGAGAAUAGGCUAAUUGCUUUAUUCCCAAUUACGAGACAAAUGCAACCAAAAUGAUCCCUUAAGAUGUCUAGGUCAGAACCAUCUGUAAUAUGUUCACUGACAUUUUCAGUUCUUCAUUUUUUUUGUAUUUAAACUGCAUGAAGAACAACUUACUGUAGCAUUUGUGCACAUGACCCACAUCAGGGUCUGACAUGGGUCUGACAACUUGGAUGGGAAAUUACUAAGGAUAAUAGUGGAUGAUAUUGCCACUCCAAUUUGCCAUAUUUUAAGCCUUGAGGGAAGCAAAAGUAAUUCCGCUACCUAAGAACAGAGGGUGUUCUUCAAUGGAAGCCUCUACAACAUAUUCCAGGUAGAAUCAGGAAUUCCCCAGGGCAGCUGUCUAGGCCCCUUACUUUUUUCAAUCUUUACUAACGACAUGCCACUGGCUUUCAGUAAAGCCAGUGUGUCUAUGUUUGCGAAUGACUCAACACUAUACAAGUCAGCUACUACAGUGACUGAAAUGACCGCAACACUUAACAAAGAGUUGCAGUUAGUUUCAGAAAGGGUGGCAAGGAAUAAGUUAGUCCUAAAUAUUUCAAAAACUCAAAGCAUUAUAUUUGGGACAAAUCAUUCCCUAAACCUCAAAUAAAUCUUGUAGUGAAUAAAGUGGAAAAUGAGAGAGUUGAGGUGACUACUGCUUUGAGUAACCCUGGACUGUAAAACUGUCAUUGUCAAAACAUAUUGAUACAACAGUAGCUAAGACGGGGAGAAGUCUAUCCAUAAUAAAGCGCUGAUCUGCCUUCUUAACAGCACUAUCAACAAGGCAGGUCCUACAGGCACUAGUUUUGUUGCACCUGGACUACUGUUCAGUUGUGUGAUCAGUUGCCACAAAGAGGGACUUAGGAAAAUUGCAAUUGGCUCAGAACAGAGGGACUUAGGAAAAUUGCAAUUGGCUCAGAACAGGGCACGGCUUGGAGCUAACUUUAAUAAUAUGCAUGUCAAUCUCUCCUGGCUCAUAGUGGAGGAGAUAUUGACAUCACUACUUGUAUUUGUGAGAGAUGUUGAAUGCACCGAGCUGUCUGUUUGAACUACUGGCACACAAUUCGCACACCCAUCCAUACUCCACAAAACAUGUCACCAGAGAUCUCUUCACAGUCCCCAAAUCCUGAAGAGACUAUGAGAGGUGCACAGUACUACAAAGAGCCAUGACUACAUGGAACUCUAUUCCACAUCAAGUAACUCAUGCAAGCAGUAAAAUUAGAUUUAAAAAUAGACCUUAUGGAACAGCAAGGACUGUGAAGCAACCCAAACACAGGCCCAGACACAUGCAUACACACACGAUAACAUACGCACUAUACACACACGUACACAUGGAUUUUGUGUUAUCGAUAUGCGGUAGUAGAGUAGGGGCCUGAGGGCACACUUAAUGUGUUGUGAAUGUAUUUAAAAUUGCAUAACUACCUUAAUGUUGCUGGACCCCAGGAAGAGUAAAUAAAUACAAAUACAAAAAUACAUGAGUUCCGUUUGGUUCCUGUUCAGAUGCUUACAUUCUGUACAUUUGUUUGUAAUGCCACUUUUAUACUGUGAAUAAAAAAAUAACAUUUUGCUUGU